AUGUCGUUUGGUAAAUUGCCUUCUGAGGUACACUCUCUGAUCAUUGGGCUAGUCGCAGACAACUCCUCAUGGAAAGAAGGGUUGCGCCUUCGAUGUGUUAACCGUCUAUUCAAUCGCGAAAUUCAGGCCCAAUACUUCGAUUUUGGCAGAGUGCACACCAGUAUGGAAGAGGAUUUUGAGAAAACAACGUUGAAAAUGGGGCUUCAGCACUUGUACCGGUUACUGAAGGGACAGGUAUGCUCGCCACGGCCGAAGACUGCCCUGAUCACCCACUUAAAGGGUGCUGUUGCAAUCCUGUUGUCGACUCCAGCUUUCCCUGUGUCGGACAAUUUCGAAAUCAGAAAUGUUCACACUGUCAGUGGCACGAUACGACUCGAGCCGGGAGAUUGCACGGGUCAGACGGCGAACAUGGUUGCCCUCAGCGUUCUCGAUUUCGUUGCCGGGGACAAAACCACGCUGUGUGCGCAGCUGGAACGUCUAGCCAGAAGCCCGCGACAAAUCGAUUCCCUUUCCUGGGCGUUAGUGACUGCAAUUUCUACGAAAGAUACGGUCACCAUGAAAACUCUCGUAGAGCGAGAGCCUGACAUGGAUGUUCGAAAGCACAUCCUUGCCGAUCCCUUGCGCUUUACCAUAACGAGCCACUGGUAUGAUAUGGCGCGAUAUCUCUUGGAUCAUGGCGCGGACGUCAACACCCCACAUCAUCAUUCACAUUGUUCACCAAGAUACGAUCGGAUGGCAAUCGAGCAACCUUGUCUAUCGGGCGAUGCCAGAAUGGUGGCAUUGAUGCUCGAGCCCCAGUACGGGCUCAAACUAGAUGCAGGAGACCGUGAUAGGCUUUUGUGCUCAACCGUGCGGAAGCUGGCCCAACCCAGGCAUGCUGAUCGCACUAAUAGCUAUAUCAGUAUUGUUCGACUUUUGUUGCAGUCAAUAGUACCCGCAAAUGACCAAGGCUCUGUUCAGCACCUCGUGGUUCAUCUCGCCGUUGUGUACGACGUGCACGAACUGAUCCCGAUCGUUGUGGAGAUGGGCUAUGACGUGAAUGAAACCGAGGGUGGUCGGACGCACCUGAACCUCGCCGCAGCCCGUGGUGAAACCGAGGUGGUCCAGACGCUACUCGACCAUGGCGCGCGGCACAGUCUUGAGGGUAACCAUGACGCUGUACGCGCAGCCUGUGUUAAUGGAAGGGCAAAUGUACUUCGCAUCUUGCUCACCCAAGUGACUACCAUCGAGGAAUAUGGUCAUGCGUUGGCAGCUGGUCAUUUCCUGCUCGCCGCCAAGGCCAGUUUCAGCGAUCCCGACACUAUGUUGCGUUACAUGGAGGUGCUGGAUUGUCUCUGGGAACAUGGACUGGACCUCGAUGCGGCUAACUGUGGUGUCAAGGCCUUGAAAUAUUCCAUUGAAAACAGCCACUUUGCGCUUACCGCGAAUCUUCUUGCGAAGGGGUUGCACCUUCCUGAAAAAUAA